AUGAUCUAUCUAUCUAUCUAUCUAUCUAUCCAUCUAUCUAUCUAUCUAUCUAUCUAUCUAUCUCAGUCUGUUUUUAUCUCUUUCUCUCUCUCUCUCUCUCUCUCUCUCUCUCUAUCUAUCUAUCUAUCUAUCUAUCUAUCUCAAUUUACUCAUUGGUGUUUAAUGAUAAAAGCUGUUAAAUCGCUUCGGUCGUUCGUCCUUAAAAAACUGAAACUGAUAGAUGGACGGUCGCGUGAACUUCCAAGAGGAGCAAAAAACGAACUACCCAACCGUGACUUGACAUUGAAGGAUCAGUACAAAGAUGAGAGAGAAGGGACAAAAAAUGUGAAAAGUCUAUUCUGUUUUUUCCCGCCUUUUUUAUUGACCAUUUCGAACACGUUACUGGUCUGUCUGUCAUUCUACCCCUUAUAUUUUUUUUUAUUCUUUUUCUUCAUCUCUUUCAAUCUAUUUGCAGUUGAAGGGGUCGCGUCAACCAGCCCAUCUGAUGCUGUAUGUUUUGUUCUUUCUUUCUUUUUCUUUUGCUUUCAUUUUUCCCAUUUCAAUAGAUCUUCUUUCUUUAUUUUCCUCUUGUCAAUAGAUUUUCUCUUCUUUCUUUCUUUUUUCUUUCUUUAUUUUUUUCAUUUCAAUAUAUCUUCUUUCUUUUUCUUUCUUUCUUUCUUUCUUUCCUUUACCCUUGUUUUAUUUUCUCAUUUCACUUUCUUUCUUUCUUUCUUUUUCUCAAUUCAAUAUAUCUUUUUCCUCUCCUUUUUUCUGUGUCAUUCUUUCUUUUUUUUCUUUUUCCAUUGUCUUUGUUUUUCUCAUUUCAAUAGAUUUGUUUUUGUUUUUUUUCCCUUCUUAUUAUUCUUGUCAUUUCAAUAUAUAUUCUUUCUUUCUGGCCGGUUUUGUUUCUUUCUUUUUCUUUUGUCUUUAUUCUUGUUCAUUUCAAUAGAUUUGUCUUUCUUUAGCUUUUCUUUGUCUAUUCCCUUUAUUUUUCUCAUUUCAAUAUAUCUUCUUUCUUUCUUUCUUUCUUUCUUUCUUUUCUUUCUUUCUUUCUCCUGUCUUUAUUUUACUCAUUUCAAUAGAUUUUUUCUUUCUUUUUUCUUUGUCUUUAUUUUUCUCAUUUCGAUAUAUCUUUCUUUCUUUCUUUCUUUCUUUCUCCCAUGUCUUUAUUUUACAUAUUUCAAUAGUUUUGCUUUCUUUCUUUCUUUUUUCUUCAUUUGCUUUCUUUCUUUCUUUCUUUCUUUUUUUUCUUUGUCUUUAUUUUCUCAUGUCGAUAUAUCUUCUUUCUUUCUUUCUUUCUUUCUUUCUUUCUUUCUUUCUUUCUUCCCUACUUGCUUUCUUUCUUUCUUUUUCUUUAUCUUUAUUUUUGUCAUGUCGAUAUAUCUUCUUUCUUUCUUUCUUUCUUUCUUUCUUUCUUUCUUUCUUUCUUUCUUUCUGUCUGUCUGUCUGUCUGUCUUUCUUUCUUUCUUUCUCCCUGUCUUUAUAUCACUCAUUUCAAUAGAUUUUCUUUCUUUUUUCUUUGUCUUUAUUUUUCUCAUUUCGAUAUAUCUUCUUUCUUUCUUUCUUUCUUUCUUUCUUUCUUUCUUUCUUUCUUUCACUCACUUCAAUAGACUUGCUUUCUUUCUUUCUUUUUCUUUAUCUUUAUUUUUGUCAUGUCGAUAUAUCUUCUUUCUUUCUUUCUUUCUUUCUUUCUUUCUUUCUUUUCUUUUCUUCUUUCUUUCUGUCUGUCUGUCUGUCUUCUUUCUUUUCUUUCUUUCUUCCCUUCUUUCUCCCUGUUUUAUAUCACUCAUUUCAAUAGAUUUUUCUUUCUUUUUUUUUUUUGUCUUUAUUUUUCUCAUUUCGAUAUAUCUUCUUUCUUUCUUUCUUUCUUUCUUUCUUUCUUUCUUUCUUUCUUUUUCUUUCUUUGUCCAUUAA